CUCAUAUUUAGUCUUUCCUUGGCUCUCGGACCAGUGGCCCUUGUUUCAUCUGUACCAGUUAUCUUACCCCUGUGUUUGGUUGGUACCGGCAUGGGCAUUAUCAAAUCUGGUACAAACAUUGGAGCUACUAUAUUUGAUAUCGUAGUUGGCCGGCUACAAGAUGCUGAUCCACAAAAAGGCUAUGACGGUGUACUUAUGUUCUUCAUGUGCAUCUCUUUUGGCGCAGUGAUCGCUGGUAUCGUGCUCGCCAUCAUCGAUCGCGUAUUCUACUCUGGCAUUCUGGACGCCAAUGCUCGCCAAUCCAAACUUCUUGUUGGUCGUGACAGCCGUGGAGAGCUCAAGGUCCCGAGAGUGGAAGAGAAAGUCGUUUUGAAUUGGGUUUAUGGCUCUGUCUUCGUCGCACUAGCUGUGGCCAGUUGGAUUCUGUUCUUUAUCUUCGUCCUAAAAUGAACCCCCCCCCUUAGAAAAUGUACUCGCGUCACAAACGAAAACAUCUGUAUGAUAUAUAUAUAUUUUUUUCUGCUCGACCAUGUAGCUUUCCUCCCGGACCCCCACUUUCUCAUCUCGGCUACCUUGUAUAUUUCUUCUCAUUUUCCAUUUACGGAUUUGAUCUUUACUCCAUAGUUGCUUUAAAAGAAACCCCCCUUAUAUCCCGCCCUAGCUUGAUAAUACUACUAUUAAAACGUCCAUCCAAGAUCCAAAAGACUCAGAUCCAUCGAAAUUUUUAGUAUUUCAUGCGAUAUUUUUCCACAAGAGGACAUUGAAAGAAAAGAACAAUUCGUACAAAUAAGGUAAAGAAAAGUUAGAGAAAAUAUAGAAAAAGUAAGAAGCUACGGGAAGAUUGGACCUAAGAAAAGUAGGUGAUCAUCCCAUGGUUAGUUUGAUAUGAGAUAGACAAAGAAUGAUCA